AUGUCAAUAAACUUACCGAAUAAUUCUCUUUCACUUCCUAUACCUCACUUAUCUACUACACAGAACAAAGACCACACAAAAGAGGACACUCCCUCACAUGCUACAAAGAGAGGAAGAAAAGAGUCAGCAAUAUGGGGGGAAUUUGAGAGAGGAGAGAAGAUAAACUCGGCGCACUAUCAGGCUUUCUGUCUCCACUGCAGACGAGCGACUGGCACUGCGAAAGGCAUAGGCGGCACCCCAUACACCAUGCGAAGACACUUACUAGCUUGUUUGCAUGUACCGUUAGAUGUCAAGUCAAAAUACGAGUUACCGUCAGACGUCGCUACGGACCCCUCCUUCACGUUCAAACCCAAAACUAAUAACAAGAAAAACCAGCAUUCCUCAGUUAUAAGCACCACCCAACAACCAGCUAGUUCUAAAGUAGAUGCAUCUCAUGUGAUCGAUGGUAUCGGGGCGACUUUAGCUUAUCCUAACAAUACAUUACAUAGUCCGACGAAGCGUCGUAAAACGGUUACUUCGAUAUCCAGAAGUCACGAAAAUCUCAGCAACUCAUCAAAUCAACUAAACCAGGAGAAAGCUAUCCUUGACAGGCAGGUGUUACGAACGUUAUUAGCCACUGGUAGUGACUUUUCGUGGGUGGAGAAUGCAGAAUCUGUUGCUCUUGUUCGGCUUCUUCGAUCAACAUAUAAACUCCCAUCGAGUAGAGCUCUGUCGCAUGAAAUAUUGGACACUGAAUACAGCAUUGUGAAACAGGAAAUAGAUCGUACUAUAAAUGAGGCUACGUACAUAACCAUUGCAACUGAUGGAUGGAACAGUCAACGACCAAGCGAUUUUGUAAAUUUCUUGGUUAUCAACCAGAGUAGAAAUGCCGAAUUGUAUGAUGUAUUAGAUAUUAGCAACGAGCGCCAUCAAACUGAGAAAAUAGUUUCGCAUAUUGAAGAGAUUUCUUGCAACAUUGGAGUGGAGAAGGUGGCGGCUAUUAUAUUUGAUAACGGAGGAAACCAUUCACGAGUACAGAAACCGCUCAAUGACAAAAAUCCGAGAGUACUAGUAUUUCCUUGUAUGGCUCAUCAAACAAAUUUGUUAAUAGCUUACAUCCUCAAUGCGGCAUUCAAGACCGUAGUAGAAAACAUUAUUCCAGUGGUUGAUUUCUUCAGAUCAUACUCGAAUCCAAUGGAUAUGCUUCGCCAAAUCAGCAGUCUUCCGGAUCUCGUACUUCCUCGGCCGUAUCUGUCUAACUGGGAAUCAUUCUAUCACUGUGCCAAUACGCUUCACUUGGUACAAGCCAGUUUUAUGACAUUGGCUAAUCAUCCGGCUGCGUUUAGCACUCAGAAUAAGAUUGGCGCCACCGUACUAAGAUUUAUUAAAAGCGACGAAUUCUGGAGCGAAUUAAAUUUAUUCUGUACUAUCAUGCAACCUUAUGCCAAGAUUGUUGACGUUUUCCAGUCACCCGGAUGUUCCAUUAGUGAGGUGAUGGUCUAUUGGAUUAUCUUGUAUUCCAGGAUUCAACAGAUGCAUAUUGUUCCCGAGUUACAGCAGAGGUUACUGAGAUUCAUGAACAAGAGAUGGUCUUAUGUGGAUCAAUCGUACUUCCUGGCCACUUGGCUACUGCAUCCAUAUCAUCGCGGUAAUGGAAUAAUUAAGAAUCGGAUUAACGAUAUAAUUGAAAGAACUCUACAUUUUUACAAGAAGAUAAUGGGAGUGGACGAUCAGGAAUAUGAGAGCGCAUUCGUUGACCAGUUACUUAAUUUCGUCUACAAAGAGCGUGAUUUUGCAAGGGCCUUUCUUACAAAGGAUUCGUUGACACGAAACCCGUUGAGAUUCUGGUCAGUAGUAGCAGACGUAGCACCUCAAUUGUCUGCAUUUGCUACACGAUUAUUUUCUAUCCCUCCGAGUGCAGUCAGCCCUGAGCGAGCAUGGUCAGUAGUCAAUGGGAGACAGAGCAACGUUGCUGGUCUAUUAGACAGAUCCGGAAGUAAAUUUUCUGCCGAUAAGAUUACUAAAAUGCAGACGAUUAAUUGGCAUCUGAAGCAACAGGGGAUGCCUUCGAGUGUAACGUCGGGUGUUAAUUCUAGUUCUAAUAUUAGUUCUCCGACGAGUGCUAACUCUGCCUCAGAUAGUGCAAUGAAAAAUAACACUGGUUCAUCGUUAGUUUCCGUUGUUAAUUCGUGGGACGAUCAAGGUCCUAUUGAAGAGGAAUUCUUGGAUAAUUUCAAUUCUAUGUUGACAUCGGCUGGUAACGAAGACGAUUUAACUGGUGCGGUAUCAUUAAUGAGUAUUGGAGAGAGUCAACCAUUGGAUGAAAUUGCAGUUAUAUUUGAUUUAAAUGUACUAGAGGAAUUCAUGUUAACACGGUGA